AUGGCGGGUUGGGAUGUGUGUGUCAAGGAGAGGAGUGGCAUGUCUCUUUCCACCCUGAAGAAAGCAUUGUUUGCCGGCGGAUACGACGUGGAGAAGAACAACUCUCGCGUCAAGCUCGCCAUCAAGGGCCUCGUUACUAAAGGCACUCAUGUGCAGACCAAAGGGACCGGAGGGUCUGGAUCUUUCAAGCUGAACAAGAAGCAGACCGAAGUUAAGAAAGCCGCACCCAAAGCAACAAAGCCGGGCCGCCAAAAAGUAGUCUCACAAGAAGACGAACAAGCCUGUCGCUGCCGCCAAGAAAGCCACCAAAAGCCAAAAGUGACCAAGAAGAUAAAGGCUGUAAAGUCCAAGACCUCAAAGCCCAAAGCGGCGAAAAUCAAAGAAGUAAAUGUGUUUCUUCUGUUUUUUACUCCUCAAACGGCUCUUUUAAGAGCCACCCAUAUUUUCCCUUAAAGAGCUGUUUCAUAUUCUGAUAAACAUGAUGACUUUAGCUGCUUAAACACUCUGUACAACUCUGUAGUGGAUUCUGUACCUCAUGUUCACAAAAACGUAUGAGCAACUAGGGAGAAUUGGACAGUAUACAUUUUAAA